AUGUCGAACAUUUCGGAAAGGACGGCUUCAGCAAAUGCCUCGAAACAGUCCUCCAUCAAGUCCGUCGAGCUUCCUACGAGAUCUCCGAAUCCAAACCAGCAGAAUGGCCAGCCUAUCAAUGGCACCCUCUCACCCGAGGCUCAGCCGAAGCAAGCCGAGAAGUCGUCGACCAAGAUCAAGGACAGGUUGACCAGAAUGUUCUCCAACAAGGACGAGAUUCCCAAGGCCGGAGCAGUCGCCGAUCUCGCCCAGCCAUCGAAGCGCGUCGUCCCAAGCCCGGCCCCUGCAUCUGGCAAUGGUACACCUGCGAAGUCAAGCACUACGGCAAAGCCAGUUCCACCAAGUCGCAAGCCCUCCACCAACGAGUCCGCUUCUGUAUCGUCCAAGUUCGCGCACCAUGCACAGCAGAGAUACGUCGCGAAUCCAGACCUGCCGGGUGGUCACGAACACCACCUCAAGGGCCUCAAGCGACAGGAAAAACUGUCCGACAUGUGGAAGAGCCUCCUUGGCCGAAAACAGGAUCAAGCACCCGAGGCUGAUCUGUCGCUGGUGUCCAGCUGGGUCGAUACGCUCCAGGAAGAGAAGGAGAUGUUAGCAAACGAUCGGAAGGGGACUGCCAACCAGAGCAUCACCCUUGUCGAGAAGUACGGCAAGUGUCAUGAAGUCGUUGGUCGUGGUGCCUUUGGCAUUGUGAGGAUUUCACACAAGAAGAUUGAGACGGGCGAGAAGCUCUUCGCCGUGAAGGAGUUUCGCCGCAGGCCGGAGGAGACCGAGAAGAAAUACAGCAAGCGUUUGACCGCAGAAUUCUGCAUUUCAUCUUCCCUGCGGCAUCCAAACGUCAUCCACACCCUGGACCUCCUCAAGGAUCAGAAAGGCGACUACUGCGAGGUGAUGGAGUAUUGCUCCGGUGGUGACCUGUAUACGCUUGUCCUGGCGGCCGGCAAGCUCGAAGUCCUCGAAGCGGAUUGCUACUUCAAGCAAAUGAUGCGAGGCGUCGAGUAUAUGCAUGAGAUGGGUGUCGCCCACCGUGACCUGAAGCCCGAGAACCUGCUGCUGACGUCCCACGGUGCCCUGAAAAUAACCGACUUUGGCAACGGCGAAUGCUUCCGGAUGGCCUGGGAGAAUGACGCGCACAUGGUAUCGGGCCUCUGUGGCUCCGCACCCUAUAUCUCCCCUGAGGAGUACAUUGACAGAGAAUUCGAUGCCCGUGCCGUCGAUGUCUGGGCUUGCGGUGUCAUUUACAUGGCGAUGCGGACGGGCAGACAUUUGUGGCGUGUUGCAAAGAAAGACGACGACGAAUUCUAUGAAAGGUACUUGGAGGGUCGUCGCGACGAAGAAGGCUACGGCCCAAUCGAGUCACUCCAUCGUGCCCGUUGUCGUAACGUCAUAUAUUCUAUCCUGGACCCGAAUCCUUCCCGACGUAUCACCGCCUCGCAAGUACUCAAGUCCGAAUGGGGUCGUGAGAUCAAACUCUGCAAGGCCGGCGAAGAGGGCCUAUAA